GAUUUUCACAAACUAACGCACCAUUACAGUCUUGAGCAGUUAAAACAAACAAGUAAAAUAAAACCUAAUGAUGUCGGGCAUAAGCUCAGUGACAUUUGACUUGAAGGGCAAAGAGGUGUUUCUGGCAGGAGAAAAAGUUCAGGGGACAUGGUUUGUUAAUGUGAAUUCUACGGUGAAGGUGAACUUUAUCACUACAUACAUGAUUGGGGCGACCUAUGUUGAGUGGAGGGAGACCAAUCUCUCUAGGAAAGACUUCGAAGACGAUGAGUUCAAGAGCCAUGAGCUGUACACCAGACAAGUUACUUCACAUCCUGUCAACGGAGAUGGUCUUGCCCCUGGAAAGUACAAAUACCCUAUCAACUACCAAAUUCCAAAAGACAAAAUGCAUUCCUCCUUCGAAGGGCGCCAUGGAGCCACAAGAUGGUUCAUCAAAAUUGAAAUAGGAAGACCAAUGCCACAUUCCAACAUUGUAAAAUACAAGUGUUUCACAUAUCUGGCUAAUGUGGAUAUUGACCAACCCCUGUAUGCUAAAUCAAUAAGUAAGAGUCAAGAAAGGAAGAUUUCUCGUGCCUUUGGAAUCGGGGAUGCCGGGGCAAUAAAACUGACUGCCAGUAUAGACCGCUCUGGAUACUGUCCAGGAGAGUGGGCAUUGGUAACAUUGGACCUGACUAAUGGAACAACCAAAGAUCUGGACCAACCCUCGGCAGCAUUAAUACAGGAAGUGGAAUUCAAAGGCAACGGAGAGAAGAAGAUAACUAAAGAAUGUAUUCGGAAUCUAGUGGGCACAAAAUUAAGUAAGGGCAAUCAGCUGAAAUGGAACAACCAGAAGUUGACUAUAGACCCUGUACCUCCAACAUCGCUACUGAGGUCCUCGUAUUGUAUCAAGUGCUCAUAUUACAUUGAGAUAAAGGUUCCCCUUCCUUUCUGCAAUGGAGAAGACAUAAAAAUAAAGUUCCCAAUCACCAUAGGAACUGUCCCUCAGAACCACAAGAAAAGGCAGAAUAAACCGUCUCCUCCCAGCUAUGAUGGAUUAAACAUCCCAGUGACAGAUCUCUCAAACAGCAUCACCUACACAGAACAGAAAAAGUCCAAGUCGUGCUUCGAGUACAGCAGCAAGACCCUGGAAUUUCCCAAGAUCUCAUUCACCCCCAUGACAGCUUAUGUCGUGGAGUAUACCCCCACAGCAUCUGGAACGACACCCCCUACCCCUAGUAAAAAUCAGGCACCCCCAGACUACAGUACAGUCUAACCAUCAGCUCCACCCUUCCCAUCUAGCGCAGAGAAGUCUUAGAUGUGAUGGAAAAAUUAUUAGACAGAUAAUAAAUAUCAACCGUAUUUGGGAUUCAAGAAAAGAUUUUUUUUUUGUUUUUUUACAAUAAAACUGUAUUGCUAAGUUCAUUACAAUAUUUAUGAAAAUGGAACAAGAAUUGACAUUUAAUAAAAAGUUUAAAUAUAUA